GUGUGUGUGUGUGUGUGUGUGUGUGUGUGUGUGUGUGUGUGUGUGUAUAUAUAGGUUUUGCAGGUACCCCAGGCUACCUAUCUCCAGAGGUACUGAGGAAGGAGGCGUAUGGUAAACCUGUAGACAUCUGGGCCUGUGGUGAGUAUAGAUCAUUACAGUAACACUAUUAUAUAUAUAUAUCUGUCUCAUCCCUUUCUCCAUCUCUCUCUCUCAUCAGUAUCUCCUCCCCUUCUCUCACCACUCAACAUGUGUGUGUGUUUGUGUGUGUGUGUGUGUGUGUGUGUGUGUAUGUAUGUAUGUGUUUAUUUGUAGGUGUGAUCUUGUACAUCCUGCUAGUGGGGUAUCCUCCAUUUUGGGAUGAGGACCAACACAAACUCUAUCAGCAAAUUAAAGCAGGAGCUUAUGACGUGAGUAACACACACACACACACACACACACACACACACACACACACACACACACACACAUUUGUUUGACACAAGGGAGUGUGUGUGUGCGUUUUUGCAUAUGUGUGUGUGUGUGUGUGUGUGUGUGUGUGUGUGUGUGUAUGUAGUUUCCAUCUCCAGAGUGGGACUCGGUGACUCCAGAAGCCAAGAACCUGAUUAACCAGAUGUUGACCAUUAACCCUGCCAAGAGGAUCACUGCCCAGGAGGCCCUCAAACACCCAUGGGUCUCCGUAAGUACACACACACACACACACACAAACUUUUCCUCUCGGUUUCCCUGUUGGACAUUGUCUCUCUCUUUCCCUCUAUCCAGCAACGCUCCACCGUGGCAUCAAUGAUGCACAGACAGGAGACAGUGGAGUGCCUGAAGAAGUUCAACGCCAGGAGGAAACUCAAGGUCUGCUCUGCUCUCUCUUAAUAAUCUCAUAAUCACUAGGAAAACCUUCACUGGAGUAAUCUCUGAGCCUUCUCACGUCUACACAACACACUAGUAACCUACCACUCACCCCUCCCUCCCCUCUCUCUUUCUCUCUCUGUCUCUGUCUCUGUCUCUCUCUGUCUCUGUCUCUGUCUCUGUCUCUGUCCCUGUCUCUCUCUCUCUCUCUCUCUCUCUCUCUCUCUCUCUCUCUCUCUCUCUCUCUCUCUCUCUCUCUCUCUCUCUCGCUCUCUCUCUGUCCAUAGGGAGCAGUCCUGACAGCUAUGCUGGUGACAAGGAAUUUCUCCGGUAAAUGUGUGUGUCAUACAUAAACACUUACACGCAUGCACACACGCACGCACGCAUGCAUGCACGCCACAGACAAACACAUGUGCGCACAAACACACACGCACAGACACACACACACACUUGCUCUCUCUUUCUCUCUCUCUCUCCACAUGCACCAAAAAUAAUAUGAAAUGUCAUGAAAAUGUUGUCAUUAUCACAAAGAGUUUAGUCUCCCAUUAUGAAGGACUUUACUAAGUUUGAUUACAAUGGUAAGCUGCAUGGAUCAUGACAUGUUCCUCUUCCUCUGCACUGACACUGUGUCUGCCGACCAAGGUGAGAGGGGAGAGAGACUUCCCACUGGGCACAGACGUCAGUCAAAGUCUAGUUUUUAUUUAUAUUUGGUUGAGUUGUCAACUAACGUGAAUUCAACUUGAAAUCAACCAAAAAUGUCACCAUGUCAUUGGAUUUAGGUUAAAAGUUUGGUGAGAAAAAUAUGAAAUUCCCUUACAUUGAUGACAUUUUUCCAUGUUGAUUCAACGUCAUCACAUAGAUGUUUUUGUUGUUGAAAUGACGUGGAAACGACGCUGAUUCAACCAGUUUUUGCCCAGUGGGUUGGGACUCAACUCUGGGGGAGGAGGUGGGGGGGGCGACCUGAGACACUUGACUCACUUUGAUGAGACUUAACUGGGACUUGGAUAAUAUCACUUCAAUCUGGCCACCUCUACACACUCUGGCCUCCGCUUCACACUGACACACUGACACACUCCUCUCUUCUCUUCCCUCACUCCUUUCCCCUUUUCUGUCCUUCGCUUCCACUCGCUCUGUGUCUUUCUCUGUCUCUUUUCUCCCUCGUUUGGCUUCUCUGUCCUUUUUCCCUCGUCUGUGUUUCUCUGUCUCUUUUCUCCCUCGCUCUGGUGUCUUUCUCUGUCUUUUUUUCCCCUCGCUCUGUUUUCUUUCUCUGUCUCUUUUUCUCCCUCGCUCUGUGUCUUUCUCUUUUCUCUUUUUCUCCCUCGCCUGUGUUUUUCUCUGUCUCUUUUUCUCCCUCGCUCUUGGUUUUUCCUGUCCUUUUUCUCCCUCGCUCGUGUCUUUCUCUGUCUCUUUUCUCCCUCGUCGUGUCUUCUCUGUCUCUUUUUUUUCUCCCUCGCUCUGUGUCUUUUCUGUCUCUUUUUCUCCCCGCUCUGUCUUCUCUGUCUCUUUUUCUCCCUCGCUCUGUGUCUUCUCUCUCUGUCUCCUCUUUCUCUCCUCUUCUCUCGCUUCUCUCUGUCUCUUUGCUCCUCGCUUCUGGUCUUUCUAGGCUCUUUUCUCCCGUACGCUCUGUGUGUCUUCUACUGUCUCUUUUCUCCCCGCUCGUGUCUUUCAUGUCUCUUUUUCCCCGCUCUUGUACUUACUGUCUCUUUUUCUACCCUCGCUCAUGGUCUUCCCUCUUUUUCUCCCUGCUCUUGUCUUUUCUGUCUCUUUCUCUCCCCAUCCAUCUGUGUCUUUCUGUCUUCUUUUUCUCCCUCGUCUGUGUCUUUCUCUGUUCUUUUACUCCCUAGCUCUGGUCUUGUCAUGUCUCUUUCUCCUCGCUCUGGUCUUCCUGUCUCUUUGUCUCCCGCUCAAGUGGUCUUUCUGUAUCUUUCUCCACUGGCACUGGUCUUCUAGUCUCUUUUUCCUCGUCUGUUCUUCUCGGUUGAUUGUUGUCACCUGACGGUGAUUUCUCUGUCACCCAAUUUCCCCAUCGCUCAUGGUCUUUCUGGUCUAAUUUGUCCCUCGCAAUUGUCAAUUUCUCUGUAUCUUGUUCUCCCUCGCUCUUUCUUCUCUGUUUUUUUCUACCCUCGCAUCUGUGUCUUUUCUCUGUUACUGCUGUCCCUCGCUUGUUCUUCCGUCUCUUUUUCUCCCGCUCGGGUCUUUCUCAUUCUCUUUAUCUCGCGGCCGACUCUGUGCUUCUCUGUCUCCUUUUGCAUGGCUCUGGGCUUUCUUUUCAUCUGUCUUCCCCUCAGCUCUGGUCUUUCUCUGUCUUCUUUCUCCCUCGACUCUUGUCAUCUCGUCUCUUUUUCUCCCUCGCUCUGUCUUUCUCUGUUUUUUCUCCCUGUUCUCUUUUCGUCCUUCGCUUCCCUUUCUCUGUCUCUUUUUCUCCCUCGCUCUGUGUCUUUCUCUGUCUCUUUUUCUCCCUCGCUCUGUGUCUUUCUCUGUCUCUUUUUCUCCCUCGCUCUGUGUCUUUCUCUGUCUCUUUUUCUCCCUCGCUCUGUGUCUUUCUCUGUCUCUUUUUCUCCCUCGUUCUGUGUCUUUCUCUGUUCUUUUUCUCCCUCGUUCUGUGUCUUUCUCUGUCUCUUUUUCUCCCUCGCUCUGUGUCUUUCUCUGUCCUCUUUUUCUCCCUCGCUCUGUGUCUUUCUCUGUCUCUUUUUCUCCCUCGCUCUGUGUCUUUCUCUGUCUCUUUUUCUCCCUCGCUCUGUGUCUUUCUCUGUCUCUUUUUCUCCCUCGUUCUGUGUCAGUUGGUAGACAGUCUACAUCUCCUGCGUCAAUCACUACUGUUCCUGCAACUGCCGCUGGGAUAGUGGAGCAAGGUAUCCUCUUCCUCCCUUCUCCUCCCUCCAUCCCUCGCUUCUAUACCUCCGCCUCUUCCACAAUUAUACCUUCUCUCCUCUCUUCUUCUUCUUCUCUCCUCUCCCUCGGACUCCCUUCCUCAUCCUUCCCUUUGCACUCCUUUUGUUCUUCCUCUCCUCCACCACCUCCCUCCCUCAUCCCUUUCUCCAUCUUUCUCUCUCUCUCAUCAGUAUCCCCUUCUCUCACCACUCAACACGUGUGUGUGUGUGUGUGUGUGUGUGUAUGUAUGUAUGUGUUUAUGUGUAGGUGUGA